AUGUCUCCUACAAUAAUUUCGACACGGGAUGCGCUCCCAGAUUGGAUUGGCGAUUUGCCACAAAUGGAUUGCCUUCGAGUGAAUAACAACCGACUAACCGGCCUUCCUGAUAGGUUAUUCAACGUCCAAUCAUUGCGGUACCUGUACUGCAAUAACAAUCGAAUCGCAGUGCUACCAUCAUCUGUAGAAAAUUCCAAUCUGAUAUCUUGCAUCCUUCACAACAAUCUACUCGAACAACUUCCAUCACACUUUUUGCGGAGAUGUAACAAGUUUGUUGCUCCGCCAUCUAAACGUCUCAUUCAACUGGCUGACUACCCUACCGCCGUGAAUGUCCAUGGCGAUCGGAAUCGGAUCAAUAUUCUGCGUCUCAGCAACAAUCGAUUAGAUGAAUCGAUCGUGCCGAUACUGAUGAAGAUGAAGCGGCUGAAAGUGCUAGACCUUUCACAUAACAAAUUACGGUAUUUCGAUGACAGCGCUCUGGGCUCACUAAGCCUACUAGAGGAGUUAAAUCUAAGCUCGAAUAAACUUACCGCACUUCCGUCCUCUAUCUUCGAACUGCCUGCUCUACAGAUUCUCAAGGCUCACUCAAAUCGUAUCAAGGCUAUUCCCGAUCUCUCCACUUCGCUCACGCUUCAGACGAUCGAUAUGUCAAACAACGCUCUUGGAGCUCAGACAACGUCUAUUGCUACCGGACCAGCAUUAAAUCAAUUGGAUCUCACUUGUAAUUCAGCGCUUAAUCUGACCACUGGAACGUUGAGGCGAAGCCACAAGAAACCAGUAGCGUUAUUCGAUAUUGGCGCUCAACCACAGGAACGGGUUCAGGUGGGAUUUUCGGAGACGUCGGGAAAUUCGUAA